UAGUCCCAGCGCGGGAGACUGCCAGCAAUGGGAGAAGUUCAAUGGGCAGAAACAAAGAGAAGAACAAGGAAGUCGAGAAUUUCAGAAAUUGAAAAGGGAUAAGUGGAAGGAGAAAAUGUUGGGCUGGUGCCAAGCGAUAGCUCGUAAUCCUCACAGACUCCCAAACAGCACAAGAACCCCUGAGGUCACAGGUGAUGCUUCACAUAUCUCUGCCUUGAAUGAGAAAUCUCCAGGCCGCUCAACAAGUCGAUCAAGUAACAUUUCAAAAGCAAGCAGUCCUACCACAGGGACAGCUCCGAGGAGCCAGUCACGGUUAUCUGUCUGCCCUUCUACUCAGGAUAUCUGUAGACCGCCCACCUUGCAUGACAUAUCAGAAGAUAAGUUUGAAACAUCACCCCCUUUCAUGGUGCUGAGUCCUGCUAGUAAAGAACCUGUUAAGAAACAAGUGAAGCGAAGGGUUAGGCGGAGGAAGGAGGCGGAGGAAAAUGGUGAGCAUGCAGAAAAGCAAAAGAAAGAGAAGGAUGGCAAAUUGCACCCCAAGAUUACAAAUCCUAGAUGGAAUGCCUUCCGCAAGGCAUCAUCCGAUUCCUCAUCUUCGGAUGAGAAUCACUGGGCCAUGGUGAGGAAGAGAGAGAGAGCCAAAAUGCCUAGAAGAAUGAGAAGACGAAAUACUUCAAACACUCGGCCGGAUGGGUAUUCCAGUCAGAAUGCCAUUGAACUCGUCACUAUGGGCCCAAAUGGGGAAAAGAAGCGUGAAAAGAAGGCUGUGCCUGGAGACCAUACUCUAAAUCACCGUAGGAGGAAGCUUUCAAAGUGUAAAGAAACCUGUCCCUCACUAUCCUCUGUGGAGGCAAAGAGCUCCUUGAGACAAUGUGGAAAACAUCAGGGCAAAUGCAGCUACGAGAAUCCUGAGCCUUCGGCUUGCAUUAGGCGAGGCAAAGCAAACAAGGAGGAAAACGGUUCAGAGAGAGGCUCAGGCAGUGAAACUUUGUCGCUUCCAGAAAAUGAGGCACCUUCUGGAACAGGGCCUGCUGUGAUCUUUGCCACUCAGAAACCUCCUGUGUUUUAUGAUGACUUGUCUGAUGAUUGCGAAGUGUGCAGGAUCUGUCACUGUGAGGGAGAUGACGAAAGCCCCCUCAUCACACCGUGUCGCUGCACAGGGACCCUUCGUUUUGUUCAUCAGGCCUGCUUGCAUCAAUGGAUUAAGAGCUCCGACACGCGUUGCUGUGAACUCUGCAAGUAUGACUUUAUAAUGGAGACCAAACUCAAACCUCUUCGAAAGUGGGAAAAACUACAGAUGACAACAAGUGAGAGAAGGAAGAUAGUCUGCUCCGUCACGUUCCAUAUUAUUGCAAUUACCUGCGUAGUUUGGUCAUUGUAUGUACUAAUAGAUCGGACGGCUGAGGAAAUUAAGCAAGGCAAUGACAAUGGUGUCCUGGAGUGGCCAUUUUGGACAAAAUUGGUUGUGGUGGCCAUUGGGUUCACUGGAGGCCUCGUCUUCAUGUACGUACAAUGUAAAGUCUACAUUCAGUUGUGGAGAAGGCUGAAGGCUUAUAAUCGAGUGAUAUUUGUUCAAAAUUGCCCAGAUACUGCCAAAAAACUAGAGGAGAAAAAACCUUCUUUUAUUCAGAACACUGAGAUCAAAGAUGCUGUAGUAGUGCCAGUAUCACAGACAAGUACAAACUCUCAGCAAUCAGGAGAAGAAACUGCUUCUGAUGCCAUGCCAGUUUGAUGGAAGUGGCAUUUCGUUUUCUUCAUUGAAGAACAAAGUGAUGUACUUUUAACUACUCAGCCACAGUAAAACAGCGAAACCGCUAAGUAUUUUUGAAUGAAGAGCAAGCAGG